UAUAUUUUGCUUGUGUUUAGCUCUGUAAAUUUUGGGUUUUGCUUGGAAAAAUUUUUGGUUUGUACUUUUGGAGGAGAAAUGUGGAGCGAAGAGCUGUAUUUCUGGGGUUCUAAAAUCGAUUGGAGAGAUUUGAUGGAAUUUUAAGAGUUGAUGCUUUACUUUUGGACAUUUCAUGGAGCUUAUAAUCCGGUUCGGUUCAAGUCACUUAACCAGAUUUGAUUUUAAGCUUCGAUUUGUUGCUGUUUUAUUGGAGAUUUUAUUGUUAUUGUUAUGGUUUGAAGCUGCUACCGCUAAGUUCCAGGAGCAUGAUGAUCUGCAAUGGGAAGGCCAAGAAAGAGGAAGCAGUGAAAACAUUGCUUUGCAUUCAUGUAUUCAUGACCAGAUAGUUGAACAGUGGAGGCGACCAGGCCAUAAGGUUUAUUCUGUUACUCCUCAAGUUUAUGAGCACUCAGGUAUCUCAAAUCAUGUGGAUCACAAAGAAAGGUCAUUGCUUGGGAUUCCCGAAUUGCUUGGUCAUCCAAAGGAUGCUAAACAACCUAUAAGAAUAUUUUUAAAUUACGAUGCUGUUGGCCACUCACAGGAUAGAGAUUGUCGAAAAAUUGGUGACAUUGUGAAGCUUGGGGAGCCACCUCUGAGUUAUCCGCCUGGCUUGCCCUCCUGCAAUCCCCAUGGUGAUCCUCCAAUCUAUGGUGACUGUUGGUAUAAUUGCACUUUGGAUGAUAUAUCUAAGGAGGAAAAACGUCGCCGACUUCGCAAGGCUCUAGGACAGACUGCUGACUGGUUCAAGAGAGCCUUGGCUGUUGAGCCUGUGAGAGGGAAUUUGAGAUUGAGUGGAUAUUCUGCAUGCGGACAAGAUGGAGGUGUACAGCUUCCUCGUGAAUAUGUUGAAGAUGGUGUUGCUGAUGCAGACUUGGUUCUUCUAGUGACUACAAGACCUACCACUGGCAACACUUUGGCAUGGGCAGUAGCGUGUGAACGCGACCAAUGGGGCCGUGCAAUAGCUGGUCAUGUGAAUGUUGCUCCUCGACAUUUAACGGCUGAAGCGGAGACUUUACUUUCAGCUACACUUAUCCAUGAGGUUAUGCAUGUUCUUGGCUUUGGCCCACAUGCUUUUGCUCAUUUUAGGGAUGAGAGAAAAAGGAGGCGCAGUCAGGUCACUGCACAGACCAUAGAUGAAAAGCUUGGGAGGAUGGUAACUCGUGUGGUGCUUCCACGUGUUGUUAUGCAUUCACGACAUCAUUAUGGGGCGUUCUCAGAAAAUUUUACAGGCUUAGAGCUAGAAGAUGGGGGAGGGCGUGGCACAUCAGGAUCUCACUGGGAAAAGCGACUUUUGAUGAAUGAGAUAAUGACGGGAUCUGUGGAUACAAGAUCAGUAGUUUCGAAAAUGACACUGGCAUUGUUGGAAGAUAGCGGAUGGUAUCAAGCUAACUAUAGCAUGGCAGAUCAUCUUGAUUGGGGUCACAACCAAGGAACAGAUUUUGUUACCUCUCCUUGCAAUCUCUGGAAGGGGGCAUAUCAUUGCAAUACAGCCAAUUUGUCUGGCUGUACAUAUAACAGGGAAGCAGAGGGCUACUGUCCUAUUGUAAGUUAUAGUGAGGACCUUCCUCAAUGGGCUUGGUAUUUUCCUCAGGCUAACAAGGGUGGUCAGUCCUCACUGGCAGAUUAUUGCACAUACUUUGUGGAAUAUUCUGAUGGAUCUUGUACAGACACUAAUAGUGCUAGGGCCCCAGACAGAAUGUUAGGUGAAGUGAGAGGGAGCAAUUCCAGGUGCAUGGCUUCAUCCUUGGUGCGUAAAGGUUUUGUGCGUGGUUCUGUGGCCCAAGGAAAUGGCUGUUACCAGCACAGAUGUGUAAAUGAUUCAUUAGAGGUUGCCGUGGAUGGUAUUUGGAAAGUCUGUCCUAAAUCUGGUGGACCAGUUCAGUUCCCUGGUUUUAAUGGUGAACUGAUUUGUCCUUCUUACCAUGAACUCUGUAGCAUUCCUGCGGUUUCUGUGUCUGGCCAAUGUGCAAAUUCUUGUAAUUUUAACGGUGACUGUGUAAAUGGAAAGUGCCAUUGCUUUCUGGGGUUUCAUGGUCAAGAUUGUAGUAAAAGAUCUUGCCCCAGCAAUUGCAAUGGGCAUGGAAAGUGCCUCUCAAAUGGGGUCUGUGAAUGUGAUAACAGCCAUACCGGCAUUGACUGCUCCACUGCUGUUUGUGAUGAACAAUGCAGCCUCCACGGCGGUGUCUGUGACAAUGGAGUUUGUGAGUUCCGCUGCUCUGACUAUGCAGGCUACACAUGCCAGAAUAGCUCUACACUCCUCUCGAGUCUUUCAGUAUGCAAGGAUGUGUUGGAGAGGGAGUUGUCUGGGCAACAUUGUGUACCUAGUGAAGCAAGUAUGUUACAGCAGCUAGAAGAAGUUGUUGUCAUGCCCAACUACCACCGUCUAUUCCCUAGCGGUGCACGAAAGUUGUUUAAUAAUGUAUUUGGAAGCAGCUACUGUGAUGCAGCUGCUAAGCGACUGGCCUGCUGGAUUUCGAUCCAAAAAUGUGAUAACGAUUUGGACAACAGGCUGCGGGUAUGCCAUUCGGCAUGUCAGUCAUAUAAUCUAGCAUUUGGAGUAUCACUAGAUUGCUUGGACCAAACUCUGUUUAGUAGCGAAGAGGAAGGUGACAGCCAAUGCACCGGCUUUGGCGAGACGAAGGUUUCCUGGUAUAAUCGCUUUCGAACUAGUUUCUUUUCGAGAAAUAUGGCUUUGAAAGGAUUGUCUGUAAAAUAUAGGAAGUAUUAGCAUCACCCCCAACUGCCCUCCCCCCCCCUCCCUUCUAGGGUUCCAGAGUAGGAAAGGUGGCACUUAAAAUGCAGUGCCCUGUCCAAAAUUCAGUUAGAAAAAUUGGGCAUGGUUAGGCUUCCCAAUUAAAAAGCCUCUGUAGAGAAGAUUGAAAAUGUAAAAAAAGAAGAAAAAUAAGCGAGCAGAGUUAGUGAUCCAUGUUUGGCCGAAGGCCUUGAAAGGAAAAGUCCCCAUGUUUUUCGC